CUCGUGGGUGGUGACUAGCCUACAGGAAGAUCUGCGGCUGAAGGUAGUAUCGCACUGCCCGAAUUAGAAAGACUGCAGCCGACAAUUACACAGCUACCUGUUACGCUGGUGACCGAAAGAUGCCCGUGAUGAGAGCAGUGAGCACGGUGGCCCGUCGGGCCCUUCUAACGCCGGGCUGUGGGUGCCUGCCCCAGGUCAUCGCUGUGCGUGGCAUCAGUUUUUCUCCCCGCCAAGUCGCCUCCGACGCCAGCUUCCACUCCGUAUCCUUCUCUGAAACAGACCACCCGAAAGUCCUGAUCACAGGAGGCCUAGGACAACUGGGAGUGGGACUUGCUAAGAUGUUGAGGAAGCAAUUUGGGAAGAACAAUGUGAUUCUGUCUGACAUCAGAAAGCCCGCAAGCCAUGUGUUCUGCAGCGGUCCUUUCAUCUACUCGGACAUCUUGGACUACAAGAACCUGCGGGAGAUUGUGGUGAAUAACCGCAUUACCUGGCUGGUGCACUACAGCGCCCUCUUGAGUGCAGUUGGGGAAGCAAACGUGCCUCUGGCCCGCGAGGUUAACAUCACUGGUUUUCACAACAUCCUGGACAUUGCGGUGGAGCAUGGCUUGCGUCUGUUUGUGCCUAGCACCAUUGGAGCCUUCGGCGCCACCUCCCCUAGAAACCCCACUCCGGACUUGUGUGUACAGAGGCCACGCACCAUCUAUGGCGUCUCAAAAGUGCACGCAGAGCUCAUGGGUGAGUAUUACCACCACAAGUACGGGCUGGACUUUCGCUGCCUCAGGUACCCUGGCAUCAUCUCAGCGGACUCACAGCCCGGCGGAGGCACCACAGAUUACGCAGUGCAGAUCUUCCAUGACGCGGUGAAAACAGGCAGGUUUGAGUGCAACCUGAAACCGGACACGCGGCUGCCCAUGAUGUACAUUGAGGACUGCCUGCGUGCCACGCUGGAGGUGAUGGAGGCCCCGGCAGACACACUGGCUAUGCGCACCUACAACAUCAGCGCCAUGAGCUUCACCCCUGAGGAGCUGGUCUGUGAGGUCCAGAAGCAGCUGCCUGACCUGCAGGUCACCUACAACGUCGACCCCGUACGCCAGGCUAUUGCUGACAGCUGGCCAAUGAACUUUGAUGACAGCAACGCACGUCGUGACUGGGGCUGGAAGCAUGAGUACGACCUCCCGGAGCUUGUCCAGACCAUGCUCGGCUUCCUGGGCUCUGAAUCCCGCGUUGCCCACACCAGCUGAGCCUGUGCUGAAAAUGCAUCAGGCACUGUAAAUCUGUUUCCUCUGUAUAACAGAGGGCGGCCCCAGCCAAUCGCACACCAUGAUCACAUGGUGGGUCACUACCUCGUCCAAUGGCUGGAGGGAGGCAGUGUGGCUGUGUUGGCCCUGCUUAGUGCUCAGACAAUCAUUAGGUACUGUACAAAAGGACAGCAGAGAAGAAAACCAUUUAGGAUAGGAAUGUCUCAAUGAAGCACUUGUUGAUUGUUCUAUGAAAACAUUGUGGCAGAUAUUUUUCUUGUUAAACCAAAAUCUGAUCUGCUGGACUUUACCUCCUUCACAUCAGGGUAUAGUCAUAGUUCUGUCAUAGCUCUUUUU